GAAUCUGAUAUGAUCUGUCAAUGUCAAUUUUGUCAAAGUCUUUAUAAUAAAUUUUUUCCCAAAUAAAUAAAUAAUGGAGUUAUUACACACGAUUUCUAUUAAAUAGUGCGUGUAAAACGCAUGAAUUUAAACUAUAUAAGUGUAAAGUCUUAUAAGAAUCUUUUAUACCAUUACAAAAUGACUGACGAACGGAAUUUUCGAUCGUCCUAUUAUGAAAAAGUUGGAUGCCGGGGGGUGGAAGAAAAGAAAUCGUUGGAAAUUCUAAUGAAAGAGAAGCCUUGGGACAAAGUGAAGUUAAAACAGUUCUGCUUAAGGUUCACAGUGCCCGCAGCGUACAGGAACUUAGUGUGGAAAGUGUUAUUGGACAUACUGCCAGUGUACCCAGACUCCCACCAGUUUGUAAUGGAACAGCGCACGGAACAGUACCAGGACCUAUUGUAUGCAGUAGAAAAGUUUGAUUUUGUGUCUAUGGACGCUCCGAGGACCCAAGUGUUGUUGGAAAUGUGGUUACUAGACAAUGAGGAGAGGAAACCACCACUGUUCCCAGAAACUAAUUUCUCAUCAGCUGACACAUUUAUACCCAUAGUCAACACAUUACUGGAACUGUACGAUGAUGAAGUGGAUGUGUACUGGCUGGCCAAAAGCCUCACCGAUGUAGUACGCAACAUGCAGAGGGAGCUACCGAAACUCAAAGAGGCAUUCAUCACAAUGCUUGAGAAGGAAGACGGAGAUGUAUUUAAUCACCUGGUGGACAUCAAUGCUAUGGAAGUGUUGCCACUUACAAAAUGGUUCAAUUGUUGCUACGCUGGUAUUUUAGACGACACAUCCCUUACAAAAAUUUGGGACAAGGUAUGCAGUGGUGCUCCAAAGAUCCUCUCGUUUGUUGCUGUUAUGCUAGUUAUUACGUUACGCAGAAACAUACUUCGGUCCAAACAUUCUGAUGAGGUGCUGAAAUGUGUCUCACAGAUCCCAGAACAAUGUGAGGAAGUGGUGGCCAACAAGGCCAUUGAGCUGUGGCAGUACUACGGCGCACAGCCACAGAACGACACCCUGGCCAAGAAAUGAUGUAUGACCUUCUAAUGGGGGGACCUCAUUAGAAGGAAAACGGAAUAUUCUACCAGAGGAAUAAGUUUACGGCAGCUUAGCUUGAGUAAUGUUACCUGUAUGCAAAGGCCGUUGUUGAAGUUGUAUGAUGGCAACACUUUCCUAUUGCACAAAUAAAAUUAUCACAUGUAACAAAACUUUAAUGACGAAAUUGUAUUCUAGUGUAGUUAUUUUAGGGUAAGAAAUUAAUUGCACUUCUAUUUUAGACUUGUAUAUAAGUGUGUACAUAUAAAGCUACAGUCUCAAUCAAGGCCUUUUCAUACGGGGUUUGUGAAAUGCGAAGCUAUGCAACUAUUAUAUUUAAAUAAUAGUUAUGUAAAGAAUGUACAUAAAAUGUUAUAGUAAGGAUUGAA